UCACAUGCAGACUUUGCAUAACUUUUUGUAGUCCCUUUUGUUGCAGUCAGUAGAGGAUCUUUGUGAGACGAAGGUGUCUCUUUAGAGGCUGAAAACCCAGAAGAAGAAGAAGAAGAAGAAGAAGAAGAAGAAGAAGAAGAAGGAUUUAUAUGAGUUUCAGCAGGUUGUGUCGCGGGGGCAGCAGCCUAAGCAGGGAAGCCCAGACUUCCAUCUCCCCAGCCACUUCGUCCAGCUCUUCCCGGGGGAUCCCGAGGCGUUCCCAGGUCAGCCAGGAGACAUAGUCUUCCCAACGUGUCCUGGGUCUUCCCCGUGGCCUCCUACCGGUGGUGAGCCGCGAUGGAGGACGCCUACAGACAACUUCACCAGGAGUUUGUGCGCCUCAGAUCACUUUGUCUCAGGCAGGCUGCUCUGUUGCACCAACUCAUGGCGGCCCUGCAGAAAGAGAAAGGUGUUCCCAACGGAGUCCUUUCUGUCCAGUGUCUCCAGGAAAUCCCGCUGCCUUUCCAGGGACCUCCGAUAAGAGCCCUGAACCCUGCGACACCAUCUGACAUGAACAUGUCUCACCUGCUGACUGAAGAUUUGUCCAAGUUCUGCUUGAAGUUAUCUGAUGGCAAAACAGAGGAAAAGAAGUCUUCAAACCAGUGGUCAUGUGAUCCUUGUGGUGCAGCCGAGGGCCACCAGGACUCAAUGAGGAUGCUGCUGACAGACCCACGGACCCUCGCUGUUGACCUUCCCAGUCUGUCGGGCAGACUGCAGAUGUCCGACGUAACGCUGCAGUCCGACGUGUGCGACUUCUGCCAGGCAGUUUUUCCCGGACAUACGACCACCAGGGGAGACUUCCUGCAGCAUCUCCACAACCAUGUCACCUAGUGGCCUACCAGCUCAGAAACGAUCAAAACCCACAAUUACCAUUUUAUUUUACUGUAUUUUCCGGACUAUUUUUCUCAAAACUCGACAGUGCGCCUUAUAACCCGGUGGGCCUAAUGUAAGGAAUAAGUUUGGUUGAGCUUACCCACAUUGAAGCUAUUUUAUUUGGUACAUGGUCUGAUGAUAAGUGUGACCAGUAGAUGGCAGUCAAACAUAAGAUACAAGUGUAGCCUGCAAUAUGACUCAGGUAAACAACACCAACAUUUUAUAUGUUCCAUUGAAAAUAUAGAACAUUACACACGGUGCUCGAAAAUCUACCAACAUGUUUUAGUACAACUUUGGUAAGCUAUGUGCUUGAUGUGCUUCAACAUACAAGUAUUAUUAUGUAUAAGGUAAGACAUAUUAUCUGGCGUUUUGUUUCGCAAUAUUAUGCAAAAGCAACUUUUCUUACCUUCAUUUAAGUUGAUCCUUUUCCCUACCUUCGUUGUCGAACAUUGGAACAUGGAUUCUUUAUUCACUGGUGACCAGAGACGAUCCUUUUGAUGCUCAGCGCAAGUGUACUCGUACUUUGUGGACGCCGUCUGCUCCACAUUUCCUGUAGCAAUACAAUACAAACUUCUUAUUUGCUAUACUUACUAGCAAUGUGAAGUUUUGUGUAUGAUAUCAAACUUGUGAUGCUCAAAAGUAGUAUUUAUUUUUUCCUCAGAAGAGUUAUCGUAUAGAAAAAAAUUCUUAUGUCUCACUGAAAAAUACUUUUUCAGGGG